AUGAGAAACCAUUCAGAAAUAACAGAGUUUAUCCUCUUGGGCUUGUCUGAUGACCCGGAGCUCCAGGUUGUCAUCUUUAUAUUUCUCUUUAUCACCUACAUGCUCAGCAUCACCGGGAACCUGGCCAUCAUCACCCUUACCUUGCUGGAUUCCCACCUCAAGACCCCCAUGUAUUUCUUCCUAAGGAACUUCUCCUUAUUAGAAGUUUCAUUCACAACUGUCAGUAUUCCUAAAUUUCUGGGCACCAUUAUUUCAGGAGAUAAAUCCAUUUCCUUUAAUAACUGUGUAACUCAGUUGUUUUUUUUCAUUCUCUUGGGAGUCACAGAAUUUUACCUUCUGGCUGUCAUGUCCUAUGAUCGUUAUGUUGCCAUCUGCAAACCUCUGCAUUACUUGACCAUCAUGAAUCAAAAGGUCUGCAUGAUACUUGUCUUUGCUUCCUGGCUGAUUUCAUUCUUGAUCAUCUUUCCUUUGCUCAUGUUGCUCUUACAGCUCGAUUACUGUAGGUCCAAUAUUAUUGACCAUUUUACUUGUGAUUAUUUUCCUCUGCUGCAACUUUCUUGUUCAGACACAAAAUUCCUGGAGAUAAUGGGAUUUUCCUGUGCUGUGUUUACUCUUAUGUUCACUUUGUCAUUAAUAUUCCUAUCCUAUGUAUAUAUUAUCAGAACAAUUUUGAAGUUUCCUUUUACUAUUCAGAGGACAAAAGCCCUUUAGUGCUCAUCCCACAUGAUUGUCAUUUCUAUAUCUUAUGGCAGCUGCAUUUUUAUGUAUAUUAAACCUUCUGCAGAAGAAAGAGUAUCUUUAAGCAAGGGAGUUGCUGUGCUAAAUACCUCUGUAGCCCCCAUGCUGAAACCCUUUAUUUAUAGCCUAGGGAAUCAGCAAGUCAAGGAAGCCUUCAGGAAUAUGACAAGGAAGACCUGUCUUAUUAAGAAUAACAAGUCUGUGUACAAGUUAUCAUAA